AAUAAAUUUGAUAUCCAAGGAUGGCUAUCGAAAAUAAGGUUGCUUGUUGGUAUAUCUAUGAAUUUAUCUACAUGAGUGAAAUCGACCAAAGAAGCCUUAUUGUUGUGGAAGAUUGACUUCUAAUAUCUUCUUUUAUUGACAUCAAGUACAUCAUAUCUACAUAGCUGGAAUAAUCCACACCCAAGUAGGUUAUACCUAAUAUAUUGUUCAGAUGAAAUUGUUACACUGUUUUGAAUCAUUGAUGCGUAAAAUGCUGGUGGAGGUUUUCGCUUUAAAUUCCGAUGUGUAUCCAUAUGAAUGUUUUAUGAAUCUCACGGCUCUUUUUUUCUGAAUAUUACUAGGAGGCGAGUGUGACUGACAGAUGAAAUGUCUCCGGACGUUCCCUCCUCGUUAACAGCUGUAGUCGCGAUCGUCUGUACAGUUCUGCUCCUCGGGAUAAUAAAACUACGUAGACACUCCAAAGGAAUUCAGUCAUGGCCCAAGGACGUGGUACUUUUACACCACUGUGGAAAAGGUCCAUAUGCCCCUAGCUUGUCGCCAUUUAUUAUCAAACUAGAAACAUUUCUUAAAUUGACAGACAUUCCCUACGAAAUAGUUCGAGAUUACAAAUUGGGACCGAAGGGUAAAGUACCUUGGAUGGAAUAUAAUGGAGCGGCCAUGGGUGACUCUCAGCUCUGUAUGGAAUAUUUAAUAGAAGAAUUACACAUUGACAUAGACGACCAUCUGUCCACGACAGAGAGAGCCAUAGGGACGUCAUUUCAGCGAAUGGUUGACGAGCAUACUUAUUGGUUGAUGGUUCAUUGGCGAUGGGCAUUUGAUAACGAGAAAUUAUGUUUAAAACAAGCAAAAUGGGGAUUACUGGCUCUGACUAUCGCUAAACAUGUCCAGAAGAGGGCAACUUACACACAAGGAGCUGGGAGACAUACAAAAGAAGAGCUAUUGAAUAUUCUAAGAAAAGAUCUCCGGGCAUUGUCUAAUUUUCUAGGAACUAAAAAAUAUUUUUUUGGCGAUAAGCCUUCGUCGGUGGACUGUAGUAUAUUUGGACAGUUAUCUCAAUUUCUUUGGCAUUUACCAGAUUCAGAGCCAAACGUUAUGUUAAAAGAUGAAUUUUCUAACUUACGUGAAUACUGCGAGAGGAUGAAAAAUACGUUAUGGAAGGACUGGAACAAUAGUCUGUUGUUUCCUGCUGAACACACUUGAGAAUUUUUUUUAUCUAAAUUAUACUGUACAUGUAUUA